AUGACAAGACUCACUGAAGCUGUCGACUACGAUGCCAGCAAAGCGUCUGGAAAUGUACCAAGUCCACGGACCGACACUGUAAAUAAUCCUGGAUACUAUGUUCUCCGGACAAGGUGCGUUCCUCAAGGUCUUCCUGCUAAUAUGACCAAGUUGCAAAAUAAAGAUAAAAAACUUCUAUAA